UAUCAUGUUCCCAUGGCUGAUGUUCUAUUGUGUGGGCUAGAUUUUGGCCCAAAAAAGGCCCAUUGGGCCACAGUAUAUAUCCAUUGUCUGGCCAUCCUUGUAACAGUAACAGCAACAAAUAACAAACUUUUUCCUAAUUAAUUUUAAAACUGACACUUCUUCUUCUUCCAUGAAUUCAAAAACCACAAACCCACCAAAAAUCCCCGCCACCGCAACCACCGCCGCCAUGGCUUCUACCCCCGCCAGUACAACCUCCGCCAUGACCUCUACCCCCACCAACACUGCCACUCGCCCACUCAUAACAGCAACAGCCUCAGCUCCAUCUCCGCCACUCCAAUCAAGACCCCAUCCUCCUCUUUCUCAUGCUCACCCAUACCAAAUUCAACAACACCAGCAUCAACCUCCAUACGCAGCAAUCCAAUUUAGAACCACCCAAAACCCUAACCAGACCCAGCAAGUCCCCAAUUCGUCAACAACGACUUCUCAGGGUGUCCUCUACCCUGUGGCCUCGUCGGGGCGCGGCUUUAUUUCUAACUCCAACAGGCCUCCACUUCGUCAGGAACACGCAGUUACUGUGGUGAAUCCUGGUGCGUACCCGCCUCUUCCCGUCGGGUACCCGAGGGCGCAUUCGGUUAUGGCCGUUUCGCCCCACUUUGAUGGUGCCUUGAACUUGCGCCACUUGGUUAGGCACCCUACUCCCCACUUGCAGCAACAGCAUCAGUUUCGCCAGCAUGUUGGGAAUGCGGCUGUUGGUGGUGGUGUGAUCAAGGGGGUUCCAGUCUCUAGGCAACAAAAGGUUGCUUCAUCCCCAUCUCCUGCCUCUGAUUCUAAUGGGCAUAAAAGUACAAGGGAUAGAAACAGAAAUGAUACUACCAUUAUUCGAGGUCGAAAAGUUAAAAUAUCAGAUGGAGCUUCUCUUUAUGCUCUUUGCCGAUCAUGGUUGAGAAAUGGGGUUCCUGAAGAAAGUCAACCACAAUAUGGAGAUGGCUUAAAGUCUCUUCCAAGACCUUUGCCCAUACCUCCAGCGGAAGCUCAUAGGCCGACAGGAAACGAUGGCAAUGAAGAAGUAGAAGAAGAUGCAGUGGAUGAGGAAUCUGCUGAUCAUCUUUCAACAGAUGAUCUAUUGAAAAGACACAUCAAGCGUGCUAAAAAGGUCCGAUCAAGGUUAAGAGAAGAACGACUAAAACGAAUUGCGAGGUACAAAACCAGGCUGGCUCUUCUACUUCCCCCGCUCAUAGAACAGUUCAGAAAUGAUACAAAUACGGGAAACUGAACCCAACUGGGAUAAUCAGACAUCAUCAUUGUGCCCUCAUCAGUUUGUGCCUCACCCAUAAAAACACAAGAGUAGGAUGCUCUGAUUGCACGGUAUAUUAUUUACAGUUCUUUUAUGAGUUUCAUGAUUUUGUUAGCUUUCCUAUAUUCCAUUGCAUCUUCCCAAUUAUCAUCAAAUUCACAGUUGGGGAUGGAUUUUUUUUCAAGAAAAAUGAUGAAAAAGCUGUCAUAUUAUCUUGCUGUAGUGUUCUUAGGUUGGUGAGUUGUUAAUAUAGGAAUUUCUCCCUGUUUUUUCUCCUCUUUUUUUUCCCCUUAUGUAAAAUAUAUUGGAUAAUCACAUUUCAGUUUUAUCUUUUGCUGUUUUCCUUGUCUGUUUGUACAGUUUCUGCUUUUGACCAGAGUUUGACAGACAGAUUGCAUGGAAAGUAAAUUUAUCAUUCUUUCAAAAGCCUGUAGAUGUUCAUGGCCUUUAUUCAUUAUGGAAUGUAGAUGAUGAUAAUUAGAGGGCCUAACAUUAUUGGCUAGUGGA